AUGGAAUCACGUACUACUCGAAAAAAAACUUCUAUCGAUAUCCCUGAUACCAUAUCCACCCGUACUCGAAGUCAAUCUCGAACUAACUCAAAUACACAAAAUACUUCUACACAGAGCGCAGAUAGUCAGAAUAUCAUACAGAAUAUAUACACUACGCAGAAUAUAAAUAGUAUUACACCACCACCAUCCUCACAGAGUUCCGUCGUUGAGGCAUCCGAGUUAAUUGAUAGUCAAAGCGUCGCCGUAACAAGGGGCAGAAGAAAGUCUACGUCUUCUUCUAUAAGACAGGCUGAAGGAUCGGUCGAUACGAUCUCAACUCCAACACCUUCAAGAAGAUCAUCCCGAUCAGAUAGAUCUACUAUUCGCUCACCAAUCACUCUUACUCCAACCUCAUCGUCUACUUCCUCCACUCGGAAAGGCAAAGCAAAAUUAAACCAAUCAACAACUACAACAUCCCGCAUUACUCGAAGUCAGGCACGAGAAUCUGAGCAUACAGCAGAAGAACCUGAAGAACCAAGAGAUAAAGGGAAAAGAAAGAAGGAAGAGUACUUAUCUGAAAGUUCCGAAGAAAGAUCACCUGGCAAGAGUGUAACAAAAAGAUCAAGACUAAGUAGAACUAAUUUGAACAGAAAGGAGAUAAUUACCGAUAGUGAAGAAAGAAGCAGCAGCACUAAUACAAGAUCGUCUAGUAGAACAUCAUCCCGCAAAGGAACUAAUAGCAGUAAUAUUGGUAGUAAUAGAACCGGAACAACUAUGCCUAAGAAAACCAGGCCACGAAGACGCAGUUCUGAUUCGAAAUCAACGCCGCCCAAGACAGCAGAACUUGAGAAUAAUGCCAUGGAAGCUAUUCCAACGCCUACGCCAGCAAGUCAAACACACACUGCCUCAUCUUCUUCCACUUUAAUACCAGCGACAACCGACGAACCAACCAAUCCCUCAAACUCUCUUCAAACCUCUUCAUCCGAGGACCACCAAGCAGAAGAAAUUGAUGAUACAUCUUCUGAAGAUGCCUCUUCCCCAUCCAAUUCUCACCCUCGCCCCCACCGGCCUUUUUUCUCUGAAUCCUCCUCGCACUUCUUAUAUUCCUUCCACAUCCACUGCCUCUUCAGACCUAAUUUCUCGCCUACGCGACCCCGAACAACAACUAAUUGCUCUCCAUAG